CGUUUCACAGAAAUGAAUAGAGGUAUGUCUGAACAGACGAGACCGGAUAACCUUCGAGCUCAGAGCCUCAAAACACUGACUGACAGUGAAUAGGCUGCCAAGUGGCAAACCAAGAGUAAAACGUGUUGGCUUGAGAUGAAAGAUUAAUACUAAGAUGGUGACUCACCAUAGCCUAGGGGACCAUCUUUUAAAAUGGCCUUUGCACUUACUUGAACUCAAAUACCUUUAACUCUUUUCAAUUCUCUUGAAACCAUUUGAAGCAAAAUGGAUUUGCCGCACGUUUGGUUAUGGACGAUGCUACUCGCCUUUGUGCUAACGUGGAUGAUUUUUCACUUCAACAACCAAAGGAAAAAGAAGUCGAUGUUGAAGUUGGCCGAGGCGGCCACAGAGGAGAUAAGAGAAGGUGUUGCUGACAUCAUCAUCGUCGGAGCUGGUGUUGGUGGUUCAGCUCUAGCCUAUGCUCUUGCUAAAGAUGGGCGUCGAGUGCAUGUGAUUGAGAGGGACAUGAGGGAACCAGAGAGAAUUAUGGGUGAGGUUAUGCAGCCAGGAGGACGCUUCAUGCUUGCUAAGCUUGGCCUUCAAGAUUGUCUGGAGGGUAUAGAUGCGCAAAAACUCACGGGCUUGGCCGUUUACAAGGACGGGAAAGAAGGGGUUUUACCUUUUCCUGUGGAAAACAACACCUUUCCUUAUGAACCAUCUGCUCGAUCUUUCCACAAUGGCCGAUUGGUCCAACGACUGCGCCAAAGGGCUUCUUCUCUUCCUAAUGUGCACAUGGAGGAAGGAACUGUGAAGUCUUUAAUAGAAGAAAAGGGAGUGAUCAAAGGUGUGAUAUACAAGAACACUACUGCAUGCCAAGAAACAACGGCUUUUGCACCUCUCACCGUAGUCUGUGACGGAUGCUAUUCAAACCUUCGUAGGUCUCUCGUUGAUAGUAGUGAGGAAGUGCACACGUACAUGGUGGGUUACAUCGCGAGGAAUAGUCAACUGUAUGAUCCAAAAAGUCUACAUCUAAUUCUUUCUAGACCUAUGGUCUGCAUAAUGUAUCAAAUAAGCAGCGAUGAGGUUCGCUGUAUUGCCGAAAUUCCCGCCGAUAGUGUUCCUUCUAUGGCAAACGGUGAAAUGUCUACAUUCCUCAAGGAAAGUAUGGCUCCUCAGAUACCUAUACAGCUCCGCGAAAUAUUCAUAAAAGGGAUCAAUGAUGGAGCAAGCAUGAAAGUGGUGCCAACCAAGAGCAUGUCUGCUACGUUGAGUGAGAAGAAAGGAGUGAUUGUGUUAGGAGAUGCAUUCAACAUGCGACAUCCAUUAAUCGCUUCUGGUAUGAUGGUUGUAUUGUCCGACGUUCUUAUUUUACGCCAUCUUCUCAAGCCACUGGAGAACCUUGCCAAUGUUACCCAAGUCUCUCAAGUCAUCAAAAACUUUAAUGAUAUCCGAAAGCCAAUGUCAGCGACAGUUAACACAUUAGGGGAUGCAUUUUCCCAAGUGCUGGUUGCAUCAAAGGACGAAGCAAAAGAGGCGAUGCGACAAGGCUGCUACGAUUACCUCUGUAGUGGGGGCUUCCGCACGUCGGGAUUGAUGGCACUUCUCGGUGGUAUGAACCCUCGGCCACUUUCUCUCAUCCUCCAUAUCUUCGGCAUCACUUUUACCUCCAUUGGGCAUUUGCUCUCUCCCUUUCCAACUCCUCUACGCAUUUGGCACAGCCUCAGGCUUUUUGUGUCAACAAUCAAGAUGUUGGGUCACCAUAUGAAGGUUGAAGGAGCGAGGCAAAUGCUAUAUCCAGAAAGCACACCCAUGUAUCACAGACGCUAUAUGGCUGCAACCGCUCUCCAACUAAACGAUGAUGUUUCGUAUUAAUCCAGUUGAAUUGGUACUUUGGAGGCGAGAAAGGUAGAAAGACAAGCAUUAUUCACUUUGCGAGGUUAUCGAGUGAUGGACGAAUAAUCUAUGGUUUAGCUUUUCUCUAAUAUAAUUGUGUUGCAACAUGCUUGUUGAAUAUGUACGAUAGAACAUUUGGUCUUAGAACCGCAAAAAAAUGUAACGUAUAUAGUAAUAAACGGGUUCCCUUAUAUGAAUUUAGUGGUAUCA